AUGUCAACAAUUAAAACCAUAACCUUCAUUCUUUUCACCGCAACAACACUACUCGCGUCAUGCAACGCAGCAGAAAACGCCACAACGAAACCGCUAUUCCCUGCGAUUCUAAUCUUCGGCGACUCAACCGUGGACACAGGGAACAACAACUACCCUAUAAACACAUUCUUCAGAGCUACACAUCUUCCUUACGGCAUUGAUCUCCCAAACCACGAAGCCAACGGGAGAUUCUCAAACGGAAAACUAAUCCCCGACAUACUCGCAACCAAAUACAAUAUCAAACAGCUUGUUCCUCCUUUCUUACAACCAAAUCUCUCAGACCAAGAGAUCCUAACCGGUGUAUGUUUUGCAUCAGCUGGUGCCGGUUAUGAUGACCUAACCAGUCUCUCUACUCAGGCGAUUCCUGUCUCGGAACAACCUAAUAUGUUCAAGGAUUACAUUGCUCGUCUUAAGAGUAUCGUGGGAGACAAGAAAGCUGUGGAGAUUAUAAACAAUGCUUUGGUUGUUAUAAGCUCAGGGACUAACGAUAUGAUCUUGAACUAUUACACGAUUCCUACGAGGCGUCUUCAGUAUCAUCAUGUCUCUAGCUACCAAGACUUUAUACUUAAGAGGCUUGACAACCUCAUCGGGGAGCUAUAUAGUUUAGGUUGCAGGAAUAUUGUGAUCGCAGGUUUACCUCCUAUUGGUUGUUUACCGAUUCAAAUGACAGCUAAGUUCCGCAACAUCUUUAGGUUCUGCUUAGAAAAAGAGAACAAAGACUCUGUGGUAUACAAUGAGAAACUUCAAAAGCAAUUACAUCAGAUCCAAGCAUCUCUUACCGGAAGCAAGAUCCUUUACGCCGAUAUAUAUAACCCUAUCUAUGACAUGAUGCAAAACCCUAGCAAAUAUGGGUUUAAGGAGACAAAGAGAGGAUGUUGUGGAACAGGGUUUCUGGAGACGAGCUUCAUGUGUAAUGUUCUUUCUCCAAAAUGUGAGAAUCACUCGGAGUUUUUGUUUUUUGACUCGAUCCAUCCAUCGCAAGCUACCUAUAAUUACAUAGGAGACUUGCUUGAUACUCAGAUCCGUGAGCGUAUCGCGGCUUAA